AUGAGAUAUUCCUUAAUUUGUGGAUAAUUGAUCAUUCUGUACAGAAUCACGCAUAUCCGAUAGAACCGCUCGAAGCAGGUUCAUGCCAUUAUUAUUACCUUAGCUUUCUGUACUCCCAACCUUCUCAAGGGAAGGCUUGUUGACUUACCAACCUACUGUGCUUGGAAUCUCCAGCCACCUCCUUCGAAAAGCAAGCGCCCGUUGUAACUUGUCAACUUUGGGCUUUUAGUAACCAACCUGACCCUGUAAAAUUCCCAUAUCUCACCGACAUUCACUUCUCCUUCUGUCUGUUUCUUUUCCCCUCACUCGUCAUAUUCAUAUUACGACAUUACCUUGGGGGUGUGACUGUGGUGAUCUGAUUCGAUUUAUUCCAGCAAAACCUUCACAACAAAACACAAAACACAAAACAAUUAUUUACCAUCGUCUUAUCGCCCAUUUAAAUCUACAGAAAUACAGACAUCAAGUUUAAUUAAACCCUAACUCAAAAGCCUAAUUAUUUAUUAGUGCUAAUCAUCACAAAUCUCGGAAGUGGACAGUCAGCGAAGCAUUUUCCUGUCGCAAUUCGAGAAUACCCCGCCAUCAAUCAUGACUUCUUACGAAUAUGAGUAUGAGACGGUCGAAGAACCACGUCGACAUCGAUCUCAUCAUCAUCGAAAAGAUGAUCGCGAACCAAGAUAUGCUGAUGAGCCACGUUACGUCGAAACUAAGGAAACUUAUAUUCGCUCAGCUGCUACCAAAUCUCCUGUAGCUUAUGCACCCGACGCCCCCAUCAGAGAAAGAGAGCGAGAGAGAGAGAGAGAAGUUACUCAAACAAGAGAACUCGUGCGUCAACCUCGUCGUGAAGAUAGCGAUUUAUCAGUCGAAGAAGUUAGAAGGGACUUUCCCCCACCAGCGGGUGGUGCCUAUACUGACCAACGUACGACGGUGCGUGAGGCUAGGUACGGCCCGCCAGCCCGUCGCUCUCGAUCCGUAGGGCGUGAUGGCCGAUACGGAGAAUACCUUAGUGACAGUAGAGGUGAUCCGCGACGCUCUUUCCAAGAAAUCGAUCGACGAGAUGAUUAUUACGAAGAUGCAGACAUCGAAGAUAAACGAUCGCUUUCACGAAAUCAAAAAAUUGCUGCUGCCGUUGGGGGUGCUGCUUUAGCAGUUGGUGCAAAGGAAUUAUGGGAUCGACGAUCGGCCGAAGGUAGACCGGUCGAGCGAAACCCGUUAGCUUCUGCUAUGGUCGGAGCUGCUGGAGCUUUGGCUGCAUAUGAAGGAACAGAACUUUACGAUAAACACGGAAUCAAAGAAAAGAAGGUCAAGAAGUAUGCUGUUCACAGAGGUCGAAAUGGUGAAGUUCAAGAGACCUAUUACUCUGAAGAGGAGGAGAUCAAACCCGAAAAGAAAAAGGGUCGCCGCAAGUCAAUCGUCGAUAGUGCCAUGGCUCUUGCAGGGCUAGGUGCUGCCGCAAAGGGUGUUGAACAUCAUCGAGGACGCCGGGGAAGCGGUGAUAGCUAUUAUGAGGAAUCGACCUCAAGAAGAAGCAGAUCCAAGUCAAGAUCCGGGGAGGGAACUGCCAAAUAUCAACAAGCCGCCAAAGCAGCUCUCUUAGCUGGUGCUGCGGAAGCAUUCCGAGUUCGAAAUGAGCCUGGAGCUUGGGGUGGUGAGAAAGGAAAACGUAUCCUCACUGCAGCUAUCGGAGCUGGUGGUAUUGAUGCCGCUAUUGACAAAGAUGGCGAUAAGAAGAGCAAGCGUCAUAUCCUUGAAGCGGUUGUUGGAGGUCUUGUUGGAAAUCGUGCCAUUAAUGGAUCGCGAAAGGAUGUUGAAGAAGAUCCUGUUACUGGACGUUCUCGAUCCAGAUCUCGAGCCAGAUCUCGAGCACGUUCUUCAUCCCGAGGUGGAGGAGGUGGUGGAACCGGUCUUGCUGCACUUGCAACUGCUGGUCUGGGGGCUAUUGCUGGUAAAAAACUACUUGAUCGUUCCAGAUCUCGUUCCAGAGCCCGCUCCCAUUCACGCGGACGCAGAGACAGUUACAGCCGCAGUCCAUCACCAGAUCGCAACAAGCGUAGCAGAAGUAAGAGUGUUAGUGCAAUGGCAAGAAAGGGUUUGGCUGCUCUUGGUAUUGGAGCCGGAGCCGGAGCUGCUGCUAAUGAAGUCGGUCGCAACCGUGAUCGUAGCCGCAGCCGUAAUCGUGAUGAUUAUGAUGACUACAGUGAUUACGAUGAUCGCUCAAGAAGAACUCGAGGUCAAAGAGGGGAUGUAUAUGGUAACCCACGUUAUUCUGAGUCUCGUGGAAGUGUAGACAGUCGUGGGGGUGCUAGGGCAAGGGAUGGACAGAGAAACAAGAAGGUUGCUGAAGGAAAGAAUGGAUAUGCUAGCGACGAUUCUUUGAUAUCUUCGUCGGAGGAUGAGAGGAGGGUUAAAAAGAUGAAAGGUAAGCAACUUAUUACAGCUGGUUUGGCAACUGUUGCCACAAUUCAUGCAGCACAUAAUGUAUACUCAAGCAUGGAGAAACGUGAUGCGCGACACAAGGCUGUUCAGGAAGGAGAAAUGACCCCAGAGGAGGCGAGAAAGCUUAGGGCAAAGGCUGCAUUACAAGAUGCAGCUUCUGUUGGAAUUGCUGCACUCGGUAUCAAAGGAGCCAUCUCGGAAAUCAAGGAAGCAAAUGAGAUCCGACACGAAUGUAAAGAGUUCAGAGAAAAGAAAGGUGAACGUCAUAAGAAACGUCUUGAAAGACAAAAGAAGCUUGCAGACAAUGGUGGAAGAAGACAAAGAGAUGAUUCUCGCAGCACUUAUUCUCCUCACGAUCGUUACGAUGAUCGAUAUGAUGAGCGCCGUUACACUCCUGGUCCUCGUUAUUACGAUGGAAAUCCAUAUGCUACAGGUUUACCUGCUCCACCUGUUGGAUAUGAAAGAUAAUUCAUAUCCUUCAGCGCACAUCGACGAUUUCGUCAUCCACAUUCAUUUUUCUGGCUUUCACACGAUAAAAUGCCUUUGUUCCAACUUCGCCUAAAAUAUAACUCCAAUCGCAGAUUUGGAAACAGCGAAAUAUCUACAUAGGAGUUCUACAAUGCUGGUGCAUCUUUGGGGUCUUUCUUCGGCGCAAAGAUGAUUUAAUGAGUUCAUGACCAUCACAAAGUUUCUCCAUGCCUUGACGAUUUUCAUAUAUUUGUUUCAUUUUUUUUACACAUAACACCCAGACGUUUUUUUUUUAUUUUGCGUUUUCAUUUGUGUCGUUAUCUACUAUUCUUCAUUCCACGCUAUAGGAGAUAGAUGAAGAAAUGUUACAACGAUCUUACCCAAAAACAAUUCCGAGUUCACAUUUUAUAUUUUCCAAUCUUAAAUGAGAACCAUAACUGAUUGGUAUAUUUUUCCAUAAUAGCUCGCUCCCAUCGCCAUUAAGAAAAGCUAGUUCAAGAAGCUUAUGCCCCCCGCGAAUUAAAGUGUGAUAACGUACAGAGUACAAAUCCGAAUCUACGAAUAAACACUUGUAACGAUAACGCGCGGACAACGAAGUGGAAUGGAAGGAUGACGAUGGAUUGGAUGGUGUAACAUUUAGUGCGGGAUUUAUAGGAGGAUAUGCAGUUGUGCACACGAUUUACGAAACGAUGGAUAAAAUUUACAAAUGAAUGAAAUUUGGUCGGCUAGGAGAUGCGAUUUGAUACGGCAAUCUUACGAAUUGAUGACUAGUUUCAGCCUUCGUUUUACAUCUUUCUUGUUUGUUUUUGUUAUGGUUAUGGAUGGAGGAUUUUUUUUAUGCGGUUUUGAGGGAUGGGGGAUGGGAGGAUCCUUGGUUGGUUGUUGGGAGGAGGAUGAGGGAUGAAUGAGGGAUUUAGAUGCAAAGGAUGCAGAUGCAGGUGCAGAUGCAGGUGCGAUGAUGAAUGAUGAUGGCAUGAUGCAUUUGGUGGGUAGGCGGUGAGGGAAAGAAGAGGGGUGGGAUGUGAAAUGUGGGAUGUGGAAUGGAUGGAUUUCUCUAACUUUUUUCUUUAGAUGGUUCUUUUGAUUUUUUGCUCUUUUUUAUUUCCUUUUGGAUUUUGUCUUUUGGAUUUGGGAUAUGGGGUGGAGGGUAGAGGGUGGAGGAUUUGGUGGAUUGAAUGAUGAUAUGGUUUAGUAUUGGUUAUCUAGGUAGUAUUGAUUAGGAUAGGAUACGAUUGGAUUGGAUAGUAUAGGAUAAGCUACUAUGGAAUCAUAUCAUAUCAUUUAUUAGAG